AUCAAUCAAUUUUCUAUUGUAGGAGCAAAAGUGAAGGUAUUCAGAACAACGACAGCGACAGCACAACGACAACGCCAACGACAACUUGUCUGUAUUUCCUUUCUAUACUCUUGUCCCUCGACUCGAGUUCAAUACGUUAUCGAUAAAUUAAUAAAAUGAUCUCUUAUUUAUUUCAAAUACUUUUUAUCAUUUCUUGAGAGAGGUGGGAGGGAUCUUCCAGUCAUUACCUACUACUACCACUCCUACUUACCUGCUUUCCACCAAACCAUUCUGCGGAGUAAAGGUUACCCAAAUUAAACAAUUCCGUCAGCCUUGGGGAUUCUAAGAACUCAAAUUUAUUUCAAGGAAAUCAAUCCACAACAGGCAAAUACAACUUCAAAAUGUCUGCCGACGAACAGUUUCCACAUUCUGGUAUAAUAAUUGCUGGUCAAGAUGAACAAAUAGAUACCAUGGGGAAAUUGGUAAUUCUUCUUUUCUUUACCCUUGAAUUUAUUUACCUUGCUUUUUCUUUCAAAUCUUGUCGCCUUACUGACUUACUUACCAAUUACUAACCUCCUCUAUAGGCAAAUGCUGUACUUGAUGAUAUCUUUUAUAAUAUCAUUCAUGAUAUUGUAUUACAAACUCAUCGCGAAGAGAAAAUUGCAAAAGCAUGUUCGGCUGCUAUUGUUAUUGAGCAAAAAGUCGCGGAAACCAACCCUGAUUCAUCAGACGAUGCUACGAAUUCAUGGAACACAAACCAAAUUAUAGAAACCGAUGCUGCGAAAUGGGAAAAUAAAGAAGUUUUCUUAAAAGGCAAUCCUUUAGAGUUAGUCGAUGAGAUUAUUUGCGCAAAGUGUGGUUUACCUCGACUUUUACAACCUACAGAUGGAGUUGGUGCCAAGAAACCUCCACCAGGAAAGGAAUUUUGCAAGAAGAAACCUUUCAUUGAGAAACCAUGGCAUGAUGUUUAUGGUCAGACGUAUGUGCCAGAAGGACCGGGUAGAGGAAAGAAAAAGAAGGAUAUGAUCAAUCCUUUACUACAACAACAGAAAGAAGGAACACCAAAUAGUUUGGAUGGUGAAGAUGAUGGACCUGCGAAACCAAUUUCUUUCCCUCACGCCAAAUGUCACAAUUGCAAUACGUUCUUACCGAUUAAACGAAUGAAUAAUCAUAUGGUGAAAUGUAUUGGUGGUGGUGGAAGAGAUUCUGCACGAGCAGCUGCUUUUAAGAUUAAUGGAAAUGGUUUAGGUACAGGAAACAAUAGUCAGAAUGGUACACCACCAAUAAGUCGACAAGCAACACCACAACCCAAUGGAGGAAAGAGAAGUAGUCCAAAUAAACGCGAAGCAGCCGAUGAUCCAGAUUUCGAAUCCGAUUCUCCACAAAAGAAGAAGAAGUUCUUGAAGAAACCAGGUAGCUCGGGUGGAAUUAUUCUGAAGAAUAAACUGAAAGCUCCGAAAAUGGCAAAAACAUCUUCACAAAUUUCCUCUUCAAACUUAAGUUUUGAACACAAAAGACCGGAUAGUGAUGAUGAUAAUGAUUCAGGAGAUGAUGAUCGAGAUGGUGAAUAUGGAAGAAAAGCAAGUGUUGAACCGAAGAAGAAAAUGUUAGUUAAUAAAGCAGGGGCAGGGGUAGUUAAGAAAGCAAAGGAUGGACUUGGUAUUGCCGGGUUGAGUGAGAAGAAGAAGAAGAAGUUAUUAUUAGGAAGACCUAGUAGUGGUAGUUCAACACCAGUACUGAAACCGGGUUCAAUACCACCAGAUGAGGAUAGGGAGAGAGAGAGGAAGAAGAUUAAGAAUGGAAACGGGAAUGCUCAUAAGAGAGAUAGGGAGAGGGAGAGGGAGAGGGAGAGGGAACGAGAGAGGGAGAGAGAGAGGGAGAGAGAAAGAGAAAGGGAUAGGGAUAGGGAUUGGGCUAUGGAUGAGAAAUCUGAGAGUAGUCAGACUUUGUCCAGUCCGAAUUAAAGAUGGAGUAGAGCAGGUGGAGGGUGAUGAACGUAAGAGAGUUUCGGUAGAGAGAGAAGAAAGAACUUAUGAGUUCACCAGUGUAAGACCAUGGUAGGAUGAACCUUUGAAAGGCAUUGAUGGGAUAUGUGAUAGGAUUCCACUGGGUGGUAUACAUGCAUAUGGUUGGCGUUCAUUUCUUACUUCUUCGUGCUUUACAUACGGCAUUUAGCAUUCGGAAUAUACGCGAACAUUCUCGAGAGAGGAUGACUUUGAGGUAUACAUUUGGCGUUGCAUACAGAAAUUUUUCCAGUUCUUUUCUCCAUUGUUUCUUUCACUUCUCUUCUCUGUACUUAUGUUAUGAAUAAUCAUGGUGGAUUGGGUGUGUGGCGAUGGUGGAGGGGGCGAAGGGGAGGGGAAGGGUAUAGGGGCAUGAUACCUAUAGAAAAAUUAGGAGCAGAAUAUAUAAUACAUGAAAUUUUUACAGUGGGUUUUGUGAUGUGAUAUCUGUUGGUCUGGUUUAGUAAAUGGGGGUUACGAUUUUAUUUAUUGUGAACUUUUUGGCUAUGUGGGUGAUGGGAGUGAUGGAUU